UGUACCACAGCUGCCCUAUAUAGACCACACUCAGGACUGAUUUCCUGUAUAGGUAAACACUUGUUUUUUUCUUUAUAGAGCUGAUAUUUCAUGUUUUAUCGAACAGAUACAGGGCCACUGAUUCACACAGACACGUCAGGAAUCCAGUUAGAAAAUGAUUUAUUGUUGGGACCAUAUACUGUUGCAGGGCUUUCCUCAGGUGGUGCGACAUCAUUCUGCUUCCUAAAUAAGAUGCCAAUGCAUAUUUGUAGUUUUACCACACAACAAAGGUUGGGGAAGCAAUUCUAUUUUAAAUUUAUCUUUGCUUUUUUGCCUUUAUUGGACAGGACAGCUGAAGACAGACAGGAAAAGGGGAGAGAGAGAGCAGAUGGCACACAGCAAAGGGCCACAGGUCAGACUCAAACCCACUGCAGCAAGGACUCAGCCCCGGCACAUGGGGCACCACCAGUCCGCCGGUGGUCUGAGGGACGUCGCUGGCUCCACCGACGAGCACGGCAUCGAACACCACCACCACCACCACCCCCCUCCCCUGUCCUCCUCCUCCUCCUCCUCCUCUGGCUGUUGUUGCGCUUCUGCUGCUGCAGCGUCCAAGUUCAGGUGAGCCUCCUCACCCGGCACAACAAGUCCCCCUCUCCGGCUCCAUCCCGUUAAAUGGGAUGUUAUAAAUGGGCCGCGCAGGAUGUGAAGCCUCGCUAGAAGAAGCAGGAGGAUGGCUAAACCAGGCUUGUCUGCGGCGGUGCUGCUGCUCCUGCUGGGCUUCCUGUCGGUGUCCUCCGUUAAUGCCGACGCCAUGCUGUCAGCUCCACUCAAUGUGACCAUCAGAGAGAUUGAGGUCAACUCCGCCGUGGUCACGUGGGAAAUCUUGGAAGGGGACCCCGUUAUCGGAUUCGCCAUUACCCAACAGAAGAAAGAUGUACGCAUGCUGAGGUUCAUCCAGGAAGUGAACACCACCACGCGCUCCUGUGCAUUGUGGGAUCUGGAUGAGGACACGGAGUACAUCGUUCAUGUUCAGAGCAUCAGCAUGGGAGGCAGCAGCCCCCCCAGUGAGCCGGUCCUCUUCCGAACGCCCAAAGAGUCAGAGAAGAUGGCGUCCAAGAGCCCAGACGAGGUGACAAUGGAGGAGUUUGGUCACGCUGCCCAGCUGAGGGCUGGAGAACUCAUCAUCAUUGUAGUGGUGCUCAUCAUGUGGGCAGGGGUGAUCGCCCUGUUUUGUCGUCAGUAUGACAUCAUCAAAGACAACGAGCCCAACAACAACAAGGACAAAGCCAAGAACUCCUCAGAGUGCAGUACUCCAGAGCACCCACAGGGGGGGCUACUGCGCAGCAACGUCUAAGACCAGCCCUGCAUAGCCUUGUGCAAUAACCAAUUCCUCGAACCUCAGGAAAGACCCUGAGACCAACAGAAAGCCAUUCCCAGACACCAUCGUACUGAGGAACCGAUAAACCAUUACAGAAACUCUUCUCUACACAAUGAAGAACUCUUCAAAAAUAAUGGACACAAAUCUGACUUUCCAGAAAGGCUGCAAAUGGUUGAACAGGAAACCGAAGAGGACAAAACUACAUUUAUCUUUGUUGUGACCAAAAGUGAACUGUAGCCUGCUUUGAGUGGACAGCAAAUAUAUGGCUGUCAGUCAAAGCACUGGAGGGGGCGUGAUUUCUUCUUGACAAGAACUGCUUGAUUCAUAUGUUCUGGUUACUCUUCCGUCAGUGGCAUCAAAUCCCAGGAGCGGAUCAUCAAACAUGAAUGAGUGUUUUUUUUUUUUCAACUUAAGGUUUGUAUCACUGGUCAGAGGUGGCAGAAAUGUGGGUUGCCUUGUAAGAAUAGCUGGUCCUUCUGGUCCAGGUAUCAGUCAGCACACAACUAAACAAGCUAAGCUCUGUUUUAAACCAAGGACUUUCUCUUUUUCUAUCUCUCCAACCACAUAUCUUCCUUUCUGUCUUUAUUACACCCCUCUGUGUAGCAGCGCAUCCUUCUACCUGUCUUUCUGUGUUGGUGUCUCUCUAAUAAUAACAUUGCCGUUUGGUGCUCCUCCUAUUGUGAUUGUUUGAGCCCUCACAAUCCCAAUCUUGAGCACGGUAUCAUUUUGUUAUUGGGUCAAAAAUAUAGCACACUGGGUAUUGUCUCCUGUCUUUCUCUCUCUGUGUGUCAUCAGUUAAAUGAUGCAUCUGUUUUUCUCUCUCCUCUCUGAACUGGAACCUUAACGCCCUUGUCAGUUCAGGGAUAAAAUCUGACACAUUUUUUACAGCGCCCCAUAUUUUCCUUAUACAAGUUGGAUGACACUGUCUGAAUACAGCCAUGAUUCAGACAAAGUUCAAGAAUUGACCAGGCAGUCUCUCAUCACAGUGGUGCCUCAGUCCAAAUAAAAAUUUUACAACUUUGAAAUUCAGAAGUUAACUUCAGCGUCAAACUUUUAAAAGACUGGCAUGGCUGGAAAAUGACUGAUGUAGGUUUAAAUUGAGGUUUAUUGUUCAUCACUGCAUAUUCAGCACCAUAUGCUGCCUGUGGUCUGCAACAGGAUGUGCAGGGAAUAAAGAUGGCGAUAUGCAGGGCAUUAUUCCUAAUGAAAUGUAUACACUGGGCAAAGUUUGGCUGGGUUUUCUCUCUGGUUUGGCUGAAGACCAGCAGUGAUGGCAGGCUGAAGAAGCACACAGAUGAUCCACUCAGCUGUGUGGCUCAACCCUGUUUUGAAAUGUAAACCAUUUUCUCUCAGACCCCCUUUGGAACUGUCAUUAACACACAUCAUAAGUGAUCUAGGACUGUAAUGGGAUACAGAAAAAAAAGCAUAAAAGCCAGGUGUAAAAAAAUACCUAUUGCCAACACUAUGUAGGCAGUAGGCUACAAUUAAAGCACGAAUAUAUAAUCUACAAAAUAAUCCAUGUACAUUGCACGGCAGUGUAUACAAAUGAAAUACAGCAUGCGUCUCCCUCAUAAAUCCUGAAAGGUUUAUGUCCAAAUUUAUUGCAAAAGUUCCACCUAAGGUAAAACAGGGAGAUUCCCUGUUUUACCUGAGGUGGACAGUAAUUCUUCAAGCUGAUCCACGUUUGCAGUAUGGUGCUUGCCAUUGUGUGGGACAGUCGUUGGGAGAGUUUUAACUAACAAGUAUCCUUACUAACUAUAUUAUAUAGUCAUUUAAAAAGUUAAAACAUUUACUGGUUGCAUUUGUGUUUGUUUACUGUUGGUCAGACAGCAAUUUGGAUGGCAUUUGUCAAAGUUUGAAAUUUUAUAGGGGAAAUAAACAAUUUAAGGGAAUAUUCUAUAUUUUCCUUUUUGACAAAAAAUCGAAUGAAAAGACCAAAAACAAUGACUUGAUCUCAUUUAAAUGCCAAGUGUUCUCUAUGUAGCCGAAGCCUUAUAUGUAGCUCAUGUUCCUUUCUUCCUACAAUGAACAUUUGUAGCACUGUAGUUUAUUUAUUUACUCCUGUUUAAGUAACAUUUUAAACUAGAAAAAAAAAAUUAUAUUUGUGAGCUGGUUUCAAAGAAUUAUAUUUUCAGUAGGAAGAAAUGGGCUUAUGAGUACAACUGAUUGUCUAGGGAAGUUAGAACGUAUUUAGAGAUGGACUAACAGAUUGUGGGUUUUGGAUUUUUCAUGGGAUUUGCUGACAAAAUAUAGAAUAAUGGCACCCUAUUCCUUAAACGCAAAAACAAACAUACAGAUCAAUCAACGAGGGAAAUCAUUAUUAUUUGCAGCCCUAGUUCCUGAGCACACUCGGACAUCCUAUUAUAAAAGGAGAAUUCAUAGAAUACAUAUUCAUAACCUUGCCAUUUAUGCAGUUACCACUUCAUCAAGGGUUUUAUGUGAAGGAGCAAAGGACUUAUCAAGCUAAAGAUAAAGCUUCAUUAUCUUCUUUGUGGCUUCCUGUUCAAUUAUGAUGUGCUAUCCACAUAAUUGCAAACUUAUUGGACUCCAACCCUUGAAUACUGACGCUUACCAGUUGAGUUCACUAAAAAGUCAGACAGAAAAACACUUCGAAGCUGAACUCAGCAGAGUUGCUGCCAUAUUAGAGAUAAUAAGUGAAUGUCUGAAUGCCUCGCUGGUUGAGAUGACUGCUAAUCAGCACCACAUACACACACAGACACACACACACGCUGAAUUUAAAUACUGCCGUGCGUAUUUGAAUACUGCCCUGUGCUAAGAAAGACAGCCAUUAGUUUCUCAUCUCAGUCAUCAGUUCUGCCACCAUACCGAACCCUCACAAUGCCAUCCAUUUUCACCCUCUCCCAUCUUUAUCAGUCUCCCUCAGCCACCCCCAGUCUCCCAUUUAUGACGUUCCCCUCACUUUCUCUGCUUCUGUCGCAGUGCUCUCUUCCUCAUAUAUCACUUCACCCUUUCUCGUUUCUCCCAUUCCCCAGUCUUCUCCUUACCCCCAGCUUCCCUCUCCCGUUUCUCAUUAUAUCCAUUCUCAGACUCCCGUUAGCAGCUUUCUCCCUCUCCACAUCAGCUCUUCUCUCUCUCUCAUUCGGCCCCGGCCCACUGCCUUUCCCUUGCUCCUCUGCUCAUUUAUCACCUUUACGUCUCAGACCGGCCUGGAUGGACACUCCUCCUGGUAAACAAGUAAGGCAAAAUAGACUAGAGGGAGAAGGAGAAUGAAAGAAUCAAUGAAAGAGGAGAAGUGACGGGAAAAGUAGAGAUAAGAUAGGUAAGGAGAAAGAAGCACUUUUGUAGACUAUUAAUAAGCACAUAAAGGGUGGAGUGUGCUUUUUAAGUGCUUUUAAAAAGGGGGAACAAGAUUCAUUAGAUGUGAGAGAUUCACUAUGGUUUGGGAUGUUUGUGUGGAUUUCUUGAAGCAAUGUGUGUGACGGCUGUAGUCAGAGUUGUUUUCAGCAUUUAAAGAGGUGUUUUUUAGCCUUUCCAAAAUCAAAAACACAAGGAACAGCAUGUUUAUCUGCUCUAACAUAAGCUGCAAUCAUUAGCACAGCUAACGAGAUUACUACCUACAGUAGUAACCCAAUACAUCACUGACGAACAAGGUUACAUUAUUUUGUGGAGUUUCUACUCUAAGUACUACUAAGAACUAAGAAUUUCAAGCGGUAAUCAACCAUUUUUACUGUAAACUAAGCAAGACCAAUUGAAAACACUUUAAAAUCGUUAAAAAUAAAGGUAAAAUUAAGGAAAAACGAUUAAUAAUUAACCUAACCCCCCUUAAAAAUCGUUCGUCGACCUCCAGUGAUUUAACGUGUCACUCUGUUACAGUGACGUACAGGUGUACAAAGUGAAACCAAACAACAGAUUCACACACAAAUCUCACAAACCAUACGAAUGGCUGUAAAAGAAGCAAGUGACUCAAGUGGUGGUCUAUUAAGUGACUCAAGCUGGUUAUAGAGAGACCAUUGAGAAGGAAAGUACCUGCACACAAAUUAAGAAAAAGAGACUGAGACUGGGAUUUUUGAAGCAUAUGAUACUUCAGGCGUUGACAGAAGUGGGGCAUCAUGGCUGGCCUGUAGAACACAGCAGAAUUAAAAACCAAGCGCGUCUGACAAAGUGUACACUGGGGAUUUGAAUGUCAAGCUUUUUCCAAAGGGAGUGUAGCUGGGAGCGUCUGAGGGAGCCUGUUAGAAGCCGGACUCAGAGCGGUUGUUGUUGCUCCAUCUGCACAGCUUGUUUCUAUAUAGGACUACAUCAGAAUUGCUUGUUGGAUAGUGGAGUAGGUUUGGAAACCCUAGUGCAACCCUAUGAAAAUAUCCCACACACAGAUAUCACACAUCCCCCCUGAGCCGGUUUUUCAGAGUGUGUCCAUUCAGACCAACUAUAAACACACACGUGAUCGGAAAACACAUUGUACGAACUAGUUCUGAGUAUACCUCUGCUCUUACUUUAACAUUUGCUUUUUAAAGGAACAGUCUACAACAAUUAUGGAAAGUCCAGUCAGAUGUGAUUGAGGCUAGAAGUUUCCCUUUGCUUCCAGUCUUUGUGCUAAGCUAGGUUAGCCUGGAUCCAGAAUAGUUCUGGUGUUGUGGCUGCAUAACCGACCAAUUAGAGCUUUGAGGGCAGGAUAAACAUAGGGAUGCCAUAUUUCUACAUAGCUAGAUAGCUUCCUAGCUACAUGCAUGAAAAAUAGCGACACCAUAAUGGUGACCGAUAUGUCAACAAGCAUGGAUGAGAUUGAUGCAGCUCAGAUAGAACAAUAUAACCCCUUUCCAACUAUAAAUCAGCUAACAUUAACACAAUGUCAAACUGAAUGAAUGGAGGGGAACAAAAUGGCAAUUCAUUCUGGUUAUCGGGCCAAGACUAACCAUAUCUAGAACUUACUUGAAGAUGUUCUGAGAUUAAAUUCACAGUGACUUUCCGAAGGGUCUGACUGUUCCUUUAACUAUUGAUGUUACACUCUCUGAAAUUAUCAGCUGCAUCCUCUCUAGCCUUCUGAAAUCAGAAUAACUUUGUUCUCUCUCUCGUGAUCGAUCAAAGGAAACAAACCCCGUUGAUGUUCAUGCAAUCAAAAUGAAAAAGUGCACUUUUCUAAAUUUCUCAUUAGACUGGGUCCAUGGGUGUUAACAUUAUCUGGAUCAUUGAACAUUAAUCUGAUUUAGUGGGUGAUACGAAUGUGCUUAGUAACUGUAAUACUACUCAACCUGAAGUGGUCAUUUUCCUGUAGCGGUCUAAUCCAAGCACACACAAUUAAACACUCACUCAUGCACCAAGUCCAUUCUCCGGCUGGCUGCGGUCCAAACUGACACAUUGGGGGGAAGCAGCAGAAGGCAAGCCUGGCUCAGACAGCUCUGUCUCUGUCUAUCUGAAGCUGCAGGAGGUGACUCACCAGCUGCUCAAGGUGAACAUCCAAUGAGGCAUGUGCGAAUAUGGAGCCUGAGACCGGGAGAGAGACCUAAAGACAGACAAAGAGAAGGGAGGAUGAGUCAGAGAAUCAGAGGGUAUACAACUGGGAGUGACAGACACAGAGGGAGAGAGAGGAUCAUUACACCCAGUGGGGUUUGCAGUGUGGAGUUCAGGCCAGUAUGAUGAGCUGUUUGAAUGAAAGCACGGGUGUUAAUGGGUUGUGGAAGAAUGCGGGCACAAAGUCAGUCAAGAUUUGAACUUCAGGGUUCGUCGUUGAAGCAAAUGUGACAGAAAUGUAUUAAAAAAUAUAAAGGAUAACUAAAGAGUGCAUACAUAGGACCUUAAAUGUAUCACAUUGCCAAAUAAUAUCAAAUCAAUUCUAACCCUUGAAGCAAAUUAUAUUUGCUGUAGGCAACUUUGCCAUAAUUUCUAGGUUUUAGUUAAUCGACACCCUGGGAUUUUUUCAAAAAAAUGCUUUACAGUCUUUGCAAACUGGGAUUAAUUUGUUCAUGUGGAUGUUUUAGGGCCUUACAAUACUUAUAAAACUAUAAGACUUAAGGAAUAUUAACGUAACAAAUAAUUCAGUGAUUUUUCUCCCACUGCAACACCGUGAGCUUUUCAGUAACACUUAAACCUUAAACUGAAUUUAUGCUUACCAAAUGCCAACGGAAGACUACAAAAGUGGUUAAACUCAUCCCAUUCACACUGGUUUGCCUGUACUGUAGAUGCCUGGAUGAGUGACUAUUGAGAACCUUGAAUAAUCACCCUAAGGUCCAACACACAGUAAAGAAUAGGGCCGAUUACUUAUGGCAUAUAUUUGUACUUUGUGUCGAAGCAAAUAACCAAGAAGCAUGGAUUUACAGCAGAAUAAUGGAGUCAGUGUUUUAUGUACAAUCAUGACGUCUGUGUUUGAACCAUUUUGAUGUUCAUGGGAUAAAACCUGUUCAUGAGGGCUAGCAUGACUCUGCUAUCGUUCACACCCAUGGUAUAUAUACUAUUUCUAUAAAAAUAUAAAUGUCUAAUUAUGUAUUAACACAGGAAAGAAAUAAAAUAUUUUCGAUGCACCA